AUGGCCGAUGCAGACGACGAGGUUGUCAAUUCUACCUCAGCUGAGGCGCCCCAGAUCGAGGUUGAUCUGUCAGACGAGACCCAGGAUUUUCGCCUGCUAAAUCACCUCAGUUUUUUGGGCGACACAGCUGCUUCAAGUUUACCCAAGCGCGGUGAAAAAGACUUCGAGCCCAAUCCGACCGAGUUCCAAGCCGAUGUUCUUUCCGCCUCGCGACAGGCGAUGCAUAAUGCGCUGUCUCAUCCGCGCAUUCACCAUCCCAAGAACCGAAUCAUAGGUUUCUAUGCGCCUGAUGGCCCUGCGCCUCCACCACAAUUUACUGAAUCUGCUAAGAAUCAAGGCAAGGGUCUGAAUGUCUCGCCGAAUGCUUGUGUGUAUAUUCCAAAUCCCAAGGGAACCUUUUUUAGGAAUAUGGGGCAGACGGAUCGGUGGAAUCGCAUGUGGCUUCUACCUGAGGAGGCGCUAUAUAUGAUUGAGAGAGGAAGUUUGGAUAUUAGGUGGCCAACAUCUUUGACGGGCGCUACGGAAGGGAGUGGCGAUUGCGAGAACGGGGACGAGCUUUCAAUUCCGAUGAGCUUGCAGGCAGCAUAUGCGUGUUUCAUGGGUCGAGGUGGUUUGACUCUCGAGAGAUUCACCGUCUUUACAGGACUAAAACGGCUGGGAUAUUCUGUUCUACGAGCACCUGGGUGGGACGAUUCCGCGAGGCCCGAUUCUGAUCACGAGGAGAAAGAUGCGUACGCACAGCUGAGACACCGCGGUCCUGGACUAGCUGGUAUUCUAGCAUCCAUUUCAAAUUGGAUACAUGACCCUAUGUCUACAGCAUCCACGGCAGCUGGUCCUGUCAUUGGAUGCGGCAUUCAUCGCACAUACGCCGAUGUAUACCGCAAAAUGGAGCUGAUACCAUGGUACGACCCCGUUCUUGCGCCUCAGCGGGAUCCCCUGGACACAGUAGCUCCCUUCAGAGUUGUCUUCCAUGUUUACAAGCCCACAAACCCUCUCAAAAAGAGCGCUCUUCCGGUCCCGGACUUCCGAAUUGCUGUCGUGAAUACGCGCGAACAAACUACCAUUCCGACACUUCCUGAGCUCAGCGCCUUGCUAGAAAGCACACCUCUGGACCCACCAUCUGGCGAGAAAAUGAAUCGUCUGAUGUAUAUGCGUCUCAGGCAUGGAUAUCGCAAUGUCGUUCUCGCGGUUGUGGAUCAAGGUGUCACUAGCUUCUUGCGUAUUGGAGAUGCUGCAUUUGGAAAGGAGAAAUUAUUCGAUAUUAAGCAUGUUCCAUUCGGAAACAAGAGACAUGGAAAUUUCAAGCCAAGGAGGCGGUGA